AUGCGUUCUCUCUCUUCUCAUUGCUCAACCUUCGCCCGCUCCUCCAACCAGCGCUGCUACGUCGUCUUUCCAUUCUCGGCGCCUCAUUCCAUCCCGCCUCUUCUUGCCGAUAAUUCAUUUGCCUGCUUAUUCAUUUCUACUCGUUCGCCCAUUCGUUCGCCUAUUCGUUCGUUUCUUCGUUCACUCCUCCGAACGCGUUUCAUAUCUUUCUUUUCUUCUCUCUUUCCUCCUGUCUUAUUACAUUAUCUCUUUCCUUCCCUUACCUCAUUAUCCAUUACUUCUUUCUUUCUUUCUUUCUUUCUUUCUUUCUUUCUUUCUUUCUUUCUUUCUCGUCUUGUUGCAUUAUCUCUUUCCGUUCCUUACUUCAUUAUCCAAUCUUUUUUCUGUAUUUUUCUUUUUCUUUCUUUCUUUUUCUUUCUUUCUUUCUUUCUUUCUUUCUUUCUUUCUUGUUACAUUAUUUUUUCUUUCCUUAACUCAUUAUCCUUUCUUUCUUUCUUUUUUCGUUCACUCUUUCUUUCUUUCUUUCUUUCUUUCUUUCUUUCUUUCUUUCUUUCUUUCUUUCUUUCAAAUUAUUACUUCAAAUUCCAUAUCUUUUUCGCGUCCUUCUAUUUUUCAUCUCUUUUAAUUUGUUCCUUCCUUAUUUUCUUUCUUUCUUUCUUUCUUUCUUUCUUUCUUUCUUUCUUUCUGCAAAAGAAAAUACUUCUCUUCUCCACGUCAUUGCGUCUUUCUCUUUUUAAAUCAUUCUUUAAGUUUUCUUUGUUUUUUAAACUCAUUUUUUCACAUUUCCAUGUCUUUCUUUCUUUCUUUCUUUCUUUCUUUCUUUCUUUCUUUCUUUUCUUCUUCUUUCUUUCUUUCUUUCUUUCUUUCUUUCUUUCUUUCGACUCCUUCCUUCAUUUCCUUUCUAAAUACUAUCUAUCUAUCUAUCUAUCUAUCUAUCUAUCUAUCUAG